AUGUCGAAUCUUCUUGUCGUCUUCGGUGCCACCGGCCAGCAGGGUGGUUCAGUCAUCACCAACGUGCUGAACGACCCCGAGCUCUCCGAGCAGUUCAAGAUCCGCGCCAUCACCCGCGACGUCAACUCAGACAAGUCCGAACUUCUCAAGAAGCAGAACGUCCAAGUCAUCCAGGGCGACGUGACCGACCGCGCAUCCCUAGAGGCAGCCUUGACCGGCGCGCACACCGUCUUCGCCAUGACGACGUCCGUCUUCAGCGCCAACCCCGUGGAGGACGAGUACAACAACGGCAAGACAAUCGCCGACGUCGCCGUCUCUAAGAGCGCCCAGUACCUCAUCUGGAGCACCCUCCCGUACGUCUCGGAGAUCUCCAGCGGCAAGUACACCAAGAUCACCCCCUUCGACGCCAAGGCCAAGGUCGAGCGGUACAUCCGAGGCCUGCCCGGCAUCAAGAGCGCCUUCUUCGCCGAAGGUUACUUCAUGGAGAACUUUGCGCCCCAGCCCUUCCUGGCCCCGAAGAAAGCCGCGGACGGCACCUGGGUCCUGGCCCGCCACGUCUUCGCCGAGCCGGACAAGUACGAGGGCAGGAAGUUCUGCGCCGCCGAGGCGCUCUACACCCUGGAGGAGAUCGCCGCCAUACUGACCAGAGCUACUGGUCAGACCGUUGUCUACAAACAGGUCCCGGUCGAAGAGUGGAGGGCGAGCCUACAGCUCCCGCCCGCCUUUGCUGAACUCUUCGUUGAGGCCUACGAGUGCGGAGAGGAGAUUGGGUAUUUCGGCCCCGGUACGGAGGAGUUGGUGGCUUGGGCUGCCGCAAAUGCCCGGGGCAGGCUUACCACUGUCGAGGAGCACCUCCAGGCGCACCCUCUCCAGCUUGUCUAA